CGGAAAGCGUCUUUCUACAACACCAUUGGCCGUUCAAGGUAUGCAACCAUCUUCACAAGACCGAGCGGGACUCAGGAGGCGACCACUGCUCGCACUUGAGCCGAGCAACACCAUGAGAUGCUUGAGAUGGCCACGAUAUAUAACGAGGUCCUUCUCCUCGACAAGAACAAUCAUCAUCAUCACUCACUCACUUCCUCUUCUCAUCUCUUCCAUCUUCCAUCAUGCAGCAAACUCUCGCUGCCCUCGCUGCUGUUGCGGCUGUGGCUGUUGCCUCGCCCAUUGAGCCCAGAGCCAACAUCAAGUUCUCUGUCCCUCAGGUCUCUACCGGCAACACCAAGGUCGCAGCUCCUCCUCUCGCUCUUUCCAAGGCCAUCCACAAGUACAACGGUACUCCCCCCACUGUCGUUCAGGCUGCUGCCGCCGCUGCUCAGCAGAGUGGUUCCGUCACUGCCAACUCUUACAACGGUGACUCUGAGUACCUCUGCCCCGUCUCUGUCGGUGGCACCACCUUGAACCUCGACUUCGACACUGGUUCUUCUGAUCUCUGGGUCUUCUCCACUCUCCAGGCUUCUUCCCAGAGAACGGGCCACGCCGUCUAUAACACCGCCACCGGCCGCAAGCUCACUGGCGAGUCUUGGAGAAUCAGCUACGGUGAUGGUUCUGGUGCUUCUGGCCAGGUCUACGCCGACAAGGUCGUUGUCGGUGGUGUCACUGCCACUUCCCAGGCUGUUGAGGCUGCCACCUCCAUCUCCGCCCAGUUCCAGCAGGACACUGACAACGAUGGUCUUCUUGGACUUGCCUUCUCGUCCAUCAACACCGUCAGCCCUGACCAGCAGACCACCUUCUUCGACUCGGUCAAGAGCACUCUUGCUCGCAAGCUCUUCACCGUCGACCUGAAGAAGGGUGGCCCCGGUUCUUACGACUUCGGUUACAUUGACACCUCCAAGUACACUGGUGCCAUUACCUACGUCCCCGUAAACACUGCCAACGGUUUCUGGCAAUUCACUACCACCGGCUACUCCAUCGGCAGCGGUGCCACUGUUUCUAGCUCUUACUCCGCCAUUGCUGACACCGGCACCACCCUCAUGCUUCUCCCCGACGCCAUUGUCAACGCCUACUACGCCAAGGUCUCUGGUGCCAAGUACGACGACACUCAGGGUGGUUACAUCUUCUCCUGCUCUGCCACUCUCCCCAGCUUCUCCGCCGUCAUUGGUGGCAAGAAGUUCGUCGUUCCCGGCAGCUACAUCAACUAUGCUCAGGUCACCUCCACUCAGUGCUACGGUGGUAUCCAAUCCAACUCUGGCAUCGGCUUCUCCAUUUUCGGUGACAUCUUCCUCAAGGCUCAGUUCGUUGUCUUCUCCAUGGAGAACUCGACUCCUCAGCUUGGUUUCGCUUCUCAGUAAGCGUGAUAUGACUUUUAUGAUCUAACGGCUGGCAUUGUUUGCAGCGAUUUAGUUGGUGGAAGGGAUUGCUUUCUCAACAAAGCAUGAUGAUGAGAUGAAUGGAAG